AUGACUAUUAAGCUAGUUGUUGGAGGUCAUACUUUAAACAUAAUCAGUGCGUACGCACCCCAAGAAGGCUUGGAUGAGGAAGUCAAAAGGUGUUUCUGGGAGGAUUUGGAUGAGAUGAUGCGAGAUAUCCUGCAUACCGAGAAGCUUUUCAUAGGAGGAGAUUUCAAUGGCCACAUUGGAGCAACGUCUCGGGGGUAUGAUGAUGUGCACGGUGGCUUUGGGGCUUGGAGGAGUAGUGGGGACUCAAGCGCUACGUGGACCGUGACUGUGCAGUGUAUUAAGGAAACCACGAGAGAGAUAUUAGGGGUCUCAAAGGGUCACUCUGGUGGUCACAAGGGAGACUGGUGGUGGACUGGGGAGGUGCAAGGAAAAGUGAAAACCAAGAAAGAAACGUAUCUGAAUCUAGUAGAAAGUGUAGACGAGGAGGAGAAAAGGGCGAAUAGGGAGCAUUAUAAGUUGGAUAAGAAAGAGGCAAAGCUAGGAGUUACGGCGGCCAAGACUGCAACUUUUAGUAAUUUUGUAUGA